CCUGACACGGUUCGCAGAGGCACGCGGUGACGGAGGAGCUGCGGCUGGAUGUCAGAGGACCACGGGGGAAAUACUGCAAUAAUCCCUAAAUGUGAUGAAAAUAUAGGACAGCCAUUUUUGUUUUAAUCUCCAGGAUAAUCUGACUCACAGAGGGAGAAAACACCAUUCAACCCAUUUUUUGGAAUUAAUUUCUUAUUUUUAUCCAUAAGGUAUUUACCUAAAAGAUGUUGCCACAUUGCUCCCUCCUGCUGUUGCUAUGCGUGGCCCGGCUACUCUCCGUCUCCUCAGCCCUGCCCUUUGAGCAGAGGGGCUUCUGGGAUUUUGCCAUGGACAGUAUGGACAGCGGCGGGAUGAUGACAAUGAUGAGGGAUGAGGAAGAAAGCUCAGGCGUGGAGGAGAUCCCGCCCCCUGACGUACCCAUGUGCCCGUUUGGCUGCCACUGUCAGCUCAGGGUCGUCCAGUGUUCUGACCUCGGUCUGACCGAGGUGCCAAAGAAUAUUCCUCAGGACACCAAGUUCCUGGACCUGCAGAACAACCGUAUCACUGAGCUUAAAGAGAAUGACUUCAAAGGCCUCACUAACUUAUAUGGUCUGUCUCUGAGGAAUAACCUCAUUUCCAAAGUCCACCCCAAAACAUUUGUGCCCUUGAAGCACAUGCAGAAGCUCUACUUCUCCAAGAAUCUGCUGACCAGUGUCCCCAAGAACUUGCCUGCCUCUCUGGUUGAGAUGAGGAUCCACGAGAACCGCAUCAAGAAGGUGGCAGCUGGAACCUUUGCAGGACUGGGCAACAUGAACUGCAUAGAAAUGGGAGCAAACCCCAUCCAGAACAGCGGUUUUGAGCCUGGAGCUUUCAAGGGACUGAAACUGAAUUAUCUCCGCAUAUCAGAGGCCAAACUGACUGGGGUACCAAAAGAUCUCCCAGACAGUCUCCAUGAGCUUCAUCUGGACCACAACGAGAUCCAGGCUGUGGAACUGGAGGACCUGAGCCGCUACAAAAACCUAUACAGGUUGGGCCUUGCCUUUAACCAUAUCCGUAACAUAGAGAACGGCAGUCUGUCCUACCUCCCCAGACUGAGAGAGCUGCAUCUGGACAACAACCGCCUCACUCGUGUUCCCCCAGGCCUCCCACAUAUGAAAUACCUACAGGUGGUGUACCUACAUUCCAACAACAUCAACCAGGUGGGUAUGGAUGACUUCUGCCCUCGAGGAUUUGGGAUGAAGAGGACAUUCUAUAACGGCAUCAGUCUGUUUGCCAACCCAGUGAACUACUGGGAGGUGCAGCCUGCCACAUUCCGCUGUGUCAGCGACCGGAUGGCCAUUCAGUUUGGCAACUACAAAAAGUAAAGACAGGGGGAUGCUGAAAGGUGGAGAGAGUGAGGGGAAGGGGAUGGAGGAAUGGAGGAGGAGCUUAUAAUUUAAAUGAUGAAAAAAACUUGAGAGUUGUAAGGGAGUUCUUGUUUGAAAUGAUUAAUUUUAUUUUUUGUUUUUGGAGGGAAGAUGAGUGAUGGGGAAGAUAAACUGAUUAAAUAGAAAGGAAGUGAAACACACAAUCACAUAACUUGAAGGGAGUGGAAAACAAAACGCUUGCAGUAUUUCACCUGAGUUUUUGCAUUUUCAGAUUUAAGGUUUUGAAAAUUUUGCCAUCUGAACUGGAUGAAACAGAGGAGACGGUCUGAGGAAAAUGUUUCCCCCUAGCCUAAAUCAAUGAAAAAUUUGUCCUGAAAACUAGUAUUUCUAAACUAAGUAUUUCAUUCCAUAUUUUUCACACAAUAGUGCUUAUUGUGAUAGAAGUAAUUUUUGUUUUAUUAACAUCUUUAAGAUUUCAAGUAAAAAAUAGAAAAGCAAUGCAUUAUAGAUUUUUUAUAUACACAUAAAAAUGUGUGUAUGAUUUUCUGUGUGUGCCAAUUUGGAGACACAUCACAUUGUCCCUGUUUCACUCGUCCGAAGCCAUUUGGCCCACAACUUUGUAAUAAAAUUAUACUGUCUUGUACAAAAAGUAGAAACUAUUAUUCAGGUUUACCAGUUGAAAAAAAAUUGGCAGUUAAUUAUUUAAAUAAAAGGGCAAUAGGUACAUUUUAAAAUUCCCCUCAUCUGUGCUAAACAUAUUGUCUUAUUGAUCUGAGGUCACUGAACCACCAGCCUGCCUGUGUAAAGAGUCUAUUCUGUGCCUUUCUAAAUAUUAUGCUGUCUGUAUCAUACUUUAAUACAGUGUUCCUUGAGGGGACACUAAGUAGUAGUGGGAGUUUGCCCCAGUUAGAGAAAACACACAUCUGCUUUGCUUUGACACAAUGAAGGCAGUGUGUUUACAUAGUGCUACAAAUAAUAGUAGUGUUGAUGCAUUGUUUUGCACAGUAUUUCUGUUAUGGUUUAUCUGCUUCAGGGUUAAUGGAGGGUUAGCCUGUUUAUUAUGGUAAACCUAUGUGGAACUACUUUAGCCAUAUUCUGUUCUGUCUCUGUUCUGUAAUCUGACAAGCUACUGCUGCAUGUGAAUAAAGACAUUUUUAGCCUGCUGCAUAAAGCCAGAGAACAACUGAUGCCCCUGGGUUGGAUGCUAUGUGAGAAAUAAAGAAGAAAUAUCACUUUGUGUA